UCAGAGGUGGUAGGGGCGAAAAUUAAAGUACUAUAACCAGCAAAGCCUGUUGCUGCUGCUGCACUUUGCAACUUGUUUCAGUAGUGAGUGCUUCAUCUGCUUGCUUGCUUGCCUGCCUUAAGCCUGUUGAACUGAUCGGUUGAUCACUGGCCAUCGUUCCUUGAUCACUUGCCACAAUAUCUACAAUAUCUCUCAUCAGUCCGCCCAAAUACUAACACCUGGUUAAAAAGGGCCACUUAGUGAUGUGUGGUGAGCUGCAUUCAAGAGAUUAUGGAUAGACUUCCUGAUUGGACUUAUGGUGUAAAUGGAACAACGUCACAGCCCGGUCAGAAUUGCGGCAACGCUACAAGUUUGUCACGCGACGAAAUCCUGGUAACUGCACCAUCCUGGACAGCAGUUAAUCAGCAUCUAAAAUGGAUUUUUCCUUUACAUUCUUACGGAUUUGCGUGUCUCUUCUUUGUACUGAGCUUCUAUACCCUCUUCUCUAUUUUAAAUUUAAGGUCUCUUAUCUCCAGUCGGCCUUUCAUGAUCACAAUUAACGUAUUCCUAUGUAUUCUUGGAGCAUCCCGAAGUGGCUGUUUGUUUAUUGAUCCUUACAAUCUGCAAGAGACGAUGCCGAAAGUAAUUGGCUCAAUAAUGUGGGACAUUGGAUUUCCUUGUGUGACCUCGGCCUUUUGCCUCGUUCAAUUGGCCUUCCUUCAACUUACCCAAAUAAAGUUCGGCCCCAAGAGACUGCAAAAGGAAUCAUGGUUGAGUUUUGUGAUAACUUCUCAUUUUUCAUUUGUUAUUGCAAGUGACGUUGCCUUGGCUUUUCACAAUCAUUACGUUACCAAAUACGUUGUACAAACGCUUUUCCUCAUCUGGAGUAUUAUCUUGUACCUGACAUUUCUUCACGCCGGCUACAAAGCAAUGGAUAUCGUAAGGACUUUACCUAGUAAUGCACUCAUUCGUGACAGUUCAUUGGGCAAUCAAAAAGGUAUAAUGCAAUUAGCAAUGUUGGCUCCGUACAAUAAUCUGGCUUCCUCUGUUGCUGCAGCUCUUGUUCCCACGUUGUUUAGCCAAAGAACAAAGUCUGAAGACACUGAAAUAAUAAACAUCAAUUGCAAUGAAAACAUUAAAAUGGAAAAUGAACGAAGGGACCAAUUUAAUAGCAAUUCAACAGGAAUAUCAAAUGUUAAAAAUAAUAAAGAUUACACAAACCAGCACCAGCAGCAGCAGCAGCAGCAAACAUCAACAGUUCCAGAAGUAUACGUAAGACCACCCACUCCAACUCCAUCAGCAGUUCUUCCAAUAAUAACAGUGUCAUGUCCAAGUCGGCGAAGCUCUUUGGCGAACAGCCGACGGGGUAGCGACGUAUCGGGCCGCGAAUCGAGAAGAAGCUCAGCAAGCAGUGUUAAGUUCAUAAAUGAAGAAGACAACUCGUCUAUCGCAGAAAAAAAAUCUCCUGUUACUGACGGACCGGUUACACCGGAAGGAAUCUUAAGGAGAAACUCAGACAUACAAACCCCAGCAGGCAGCGUUAAAGAUCUUCGUCGAUGCUCAGACUUUAGUCACGAGAAGAAUAGAACUUCUCAGUUUGCUACAAAGUUGAGAAGAAAUUCCGAUUUUGGGAAUAGAACGCCAAAAAGAAUGCUUCCGACAGACGAACCAAGAUUGCCGCAAGUUCUUGACGUAAGUCCUAGCAGUUCGCGGCGAAAUUCAGAUCUUGGUGGUCUGGCUGCUGUUAAAAUACCAGAGUCGAGGCGCAAUUCCGACAUUUCUUACAGACGCAGUUCAGACAUAGGACAAAUUCGACCGCUGUUUACAAAUCGCCGUACCAGUGAUGUCAGUAUCAAAACUUUGGACAAAAGCCCGACACACUUUCAAAGCACAGUAUCUAAGAUGGAGAUAUUGGAAAAUAAAUCGGAAUCAGAUUCAGAUCAACAUGAUUACUGUAAUGAAAAGGCUGCGCUGAUGAAUAAUGAUAAGCCAAAGUCUAAAGAAGAGGAUAACAGAGGACGUAAAAAAAGCUUGUCGUGGAAAAAUAUUGACAAGUUUAAAGAUGAUCAAGAUAUCACUGCUGAGAGCAGUUUGCUGCCUGAUAAUAACAACUCAGCAACUGAUCGAGGAGGAAGUGACUUUACUCUUCAUGCUAUUCUAAAUCACAUUGCAAAUGUGAAUCGUGCUAAAACAGACAUUCCACUUCAAAUAGAAUCGUCCUGUGGAGUCAGUCGUAAAUCACAAGUACGCAGAGUUCUUCAUGUUAUUUAUGCAACAGCUGUCUUGGGAAUUAUUCUAUGUAUUAUAGACAUUGCUAGAAUAUUUGGACCAUACGGACUGCUAGGUGCUACUUUAAAUUACGGAGAACGUCUGGAAGCUGUUAAAUAUCCAAAACCAUUACCUUGGAUAAUUUAUCAGACUAUUUGUCGUGGAUUAGAACUAAUAAUGGGCUGUUGCAUGGCAAGUAUUACUAAACAAUCUUCUAUAAGCCCAAGGCAUCAGUAUUUUAAUAAUUACAAUAACAGUUAUCGCUUCAAACAGCGAGAUCCUCCUUAUAUAUAAUAAUACUUAAAGUAUAAAAGUAUAUUAUUAUUAGUAAAAUAAUUUAUUAAUAAAAAGUAAGCAAUAUAUUUCGAUAAAAGUUUGCCAAAAUUAUAAUUAUUAUUUAUUCGUUUAAAUUAAAAUUAGAUAUAAAAUAAUAUUUAAUUAAUUCAAGUAAAUCUAUUUGAUCAUUGAUUAUAUAAAAUGAAAUUUUUACGUUUUAUUAAUACUUUAUUACUAUCAUGAGAAAAUCUAUCUUGGGAACAUAAACUUUACUUGCUGUGAAUGUUGUUUAGAAUAAUACUAGUAUAUAAUACUAAUAGUAAUAGUAAAUUAAGUUAAAUAUAAUACAACGUCGGUUGAUAUUAUUGUCCAGAUUGUGCAAUAGAUCGGUACUGAUUUUAAAGAACAAAUAAAUUGUGUUCAAUUACUAAAAAAAAAAAAAAAAAAAAAAAUAUUAUUAAUACCAAAGCUUUGUUAAAAAUUUUUUUUAUUAAA